UCGUAACUACUGAAACUUCCGUACGUGGUUGAUGCCCAAUACAUCAACAUGCUGCUAUUUUGUCCGACAUGUGGAAAUGUGUUGAUUGUCGAAGAAGGUCAGAAGUGUUACCGAUUCGCCUGUAAUACAUGUCCCUAUGUUCAUAACAUCACCAGGAAGGUAAACAACAGAAAAUAUCCCAAACUAAAAGAGGUUGACGAUGUGCUUGGUGGUGCUAAAGCCUGGGAAAACGUUGACUCCACACCAGAAAAAUGUCCGAAGUGUGAACACCCCCGUGCCUACUUCAUGCAAAUCCAGACCAGAUCAGCUGAUGAACCAAUGACAACCUUUUAUAAAUGCUGCAAUAUCCAGUGUGGACAUCGAUGGAGAGAUUAAACAUUUUGAUAUUCUGGCCAUGUA